ACUCGCGUUGCUGAAAUCAACUUCCGGUUGAAAUCGGGAAUGUUUUGUUUGUGCAAUGUAGGAUCAAGAAGUGAACUGUUACCAGAUUCUAGAUCUUGUUGCUAUUUAAAUUACACUAAUACUGCCUUGUGUUACUACCAUCUUUGUCUUUUAUAUUUCAAAGACAUAAUAUCUCAGAAAUAUUGAUUUCAUUCACAUCAGUCAGAGAUCGUGUUCACGAGCAGGAAUCACUCGGGGCUGGCAGUUUACUGAGCAGACAGGAACUGACUGCUGAAUAGCCUACUGAACAGGAGGCUUGUGGAGAGAGUCACGAAAUAAAGGAUAAACAUGCCUUCAGAAUCAGCGACUGGAUUCAUUGGGUCAAUGGUGUCCAUUGACUGUGGAAAACUUGGAACAUACCAAGGGCAUGUCCAGAGGGUUGAUGCAGACAUGAACACUCUCACCAUUACUCAUGCUUUUCAUAAUGGGCUAAGGUGUGACCAGUCAGAAGUAAACUUAAGCUCCACAACAAUUCUGGAUAUCCAGAUCAUCCAUUCCUCUACUGUGGCAAAAGAAAUCAUUGAGAGAAAGACAACCCCUUCCAAAAUGACUAAAGAGAUUGAUGAGGUGACAAAACCCAGGUGUUCAUCUCCAGUGAAAAUCAUCAAAGCAGCUUCUAAAGCUCGUUCUGCAGGCUUUACACCGUCAUCCUCUGCCAAUUCGAACUCGAAUACUGAGAAGGGGCAGGGGAAAAGUUCUCAUGGGUGCAGAAGAAAAUUGUCACCACCCGAUAGCCCGUCAGCUCACCUGUUGAAGGGAAACAACUCUGUGGGGCCUCGCCCACGAAUAAGUAAAAGUGCCAACAGGGACGGCUAUGAUUCUAACGACCAGGGAGUCGGACAGGGUAAUGGACAGGGAGUUCAUGGAGCAAAGCAGCGUGGUCACCAAGGCCAGGACAGUCAGUACAGAAAACACAGUGCCAGCAAAAAGAUGGAGAGAGGUGGAAAAAAGGGUGCCAAUUCCUGGAAUAGUGAUUGCUUUAGUGCACCUGCAGAGUCAUUCUUGCAGGACUUUGACUUUGAAUCCAAUCUUGCCUUGUUCAAUAAAAAGGCUGUCUUCCAGGAAAUUGAAAAUGACUUUCCCGAUUUGAGUCUAGAAUCGGAUCCCAGGGAACAAAAAUACCGACAUGAUGAGAACAUUCUGCAGCCUGGGGAGAGCACAAAUGCCGGUCCUGCUACAAUUCAGCAGAUACAGGUUCCUGGAGCUGAGUCACAGUUGUAUUACACAGACAAUGGUCUGGUCGUCCCGUCUAUCAGCUUUGAGCUGCGAGAACAAGUGUGUGAUACAGCUGCACAUCAUGGCCUUACUCGCUCACGGCAAAUUGAAGCAUUUGGCCGAGCAGCCACUGAGAUGGUCAUACACCUCAUAGGGGGCAGCCACAGAAUUCAUCCAAAGAAUGACCACCAGAUGCCAGUUGUGGUGGUGUUGUGUGGACCCCACGACCAAGGUACCCUGGGUGUGUGCUGUGCACGGAUACUUGCCUCUCAUGGGGUACAGGUCACAGUAAUGCUCCCCAGUUCAAGUCAUGUUCCCCAGUCCCUGACUGAUGAACUUAAUUUAUACAAACUCAGCCGCUGCCCCUUAGUAGACACCACCAAAGGAUUACCAGGCACUAUUGACCUUAUUGUGAAUGCUUUGGAUGACCCAGUCCAGCCAGCAUUGAGCAUCCAGUCAUGGUAUCAGGAGGUUGUCAGCUGGAUCAGCAACAGCGAUAUCCGUGCUCAGAUUCUGGCUCUGGAUCCACCAUCUCAAGGGCCUGGAAUUUCAGCAAAGUGGAGCUUGUGCAAGGUCUUGCCACUGUGCCACGUCUCGCCGUCGUGCGGUAACCUGUACCUGUGUGACCUCAGCAUUCCUGCCACCAUCUACAGUCAUGUGGGGAUCAAGUAUAAAUCUCCCUUCGGAUCCAAAUUUGUCAUUCCUUUGCAUUUACAGGCUUAGUGAGGGAUGAGGCUGCAAUUUGCCUUGUAUAUAUAUCGAAAGGAUCUGUCUAUGAUUGUAAAAAAAUUUUCUGUUGUCUGCUGAUUCCAGUAUUGUAGUGCUUGUCCUGGUUUUAGUGCAAGUGACUACUGUCUCGUAGAAGGCGCUGCAGGAAGCUACGUUCCCUUCGCUGCUUGGUUGAUGACGCGCUUCACCAUGACCUGUGAUGAUUUGGUUAGGGUGAGUUGACUCUUGUGGCUUCAAACAUGGAUGGGACUUGCAUAUAUUCACCAGCUGCAGAACUACAUCAACUAGAUGUCAACGUAUGAAUACGAUGCACUCUAGGAAGGUGCUGAAUUGUAUAUUUAUGGUUUCAUUGGAUGAUUUUUGUUACUGUGAAACUACUGGGAUGUGAGAUAUGUUCUGGUGCUCGUGAAGAAAAGGUGACCUUGAAACAGCUCUGUGACUAAAAUUUCUUUGAAGCUGAUAUGACUCGUGACUUUAAUUGCGCAUGAUGCCCUUGGCUCCUUUUUGAAUGGAGAAGUUAACACAGUUUUAAUAUCUGAGAAGAGGACAGGGUAAGUAUUGCUAAACCAUACUGCCGCUGAUCUUCUUCGUUAGCAUUGGUUGAAGUUUUCAGGAAUCGGAUACCCUCUUUUAGUCAGCGAACGUCACUCAUUGCCUGAUGUUUAGUCCGCUGUCUUUAACGGGGCCCUGUUUCCAUGGCCUGUUCACUACUGACGUAGUUAUUACAUGGCCUUUGAAUCUGAUGUGCACAAAACAGAAUCGGCUGAAUGACGUAUUUUGGUACUGCGCUGAAAAGACGAGCUUUAGCUAGCAAUGUUUUGUGGUUCCCUUGAUGCCAAUGCUGUUCCUGUUGUUCGACCACAAUGUUGUUUCAUCUUUAUGCUCAAGGCUCGUCACUGGAUGUGGAUCCAUUUUGUUGAUGCUGUGUGAGCUUUACGAAAAGAACUAACAGGGACACACAGUGUUUGCAUGGAAUUCUCAGGGGCCAUAACUCUAGUACACCCGCUCCAAAGCAGUGGGACCAGCUGGAGGAAUUUUCUUUAGACAAAGCGAAGGGCUGCAAAUGGUGCUUGGAGCUUAACCACUCAUCGGCUGCUUUGAUGUUCAUAGAGUGUACUUUCUGUGAGGAGAACACUGCGGCUUCAAGUCAGAAGUGCUGGGUUUGGGCAACACGGGUAUGUGUGUUGUCUGUGUGUAGAGUGCACCUGUGCAGAUCUGAGCUUUUUGCCAGUAGAUCUCUUUUUUAAAGUUUUCUGGCCAAGAAUCAAAAGGUUCCUCCUGUUAUCAUUGUAUUAUUUCUAACCCUUGGCAAAUUGUUGUUCACUCUGUGAAUUCUUGGAAAAAGAAUUCAACUGUGUGUUGUUCUGUGAUCUGAUGCAGAGUGCCUUGAAUGUGGUUGAUGUGUAUUUAAGGGGAUUGGGUUGGUGGUAGAUUAUUUUGUAACGAGUGAUGAUUAUGCUAAAAGGGAUUUUAAAAAAUUAUUUUGAUGCUGUGGGUGGAUUUGAAUAUUUAAAUGGCAUUGUUACGAUUUGAAGGGAUCCUUGCAUAGAGUGUUUAAAAAUGCUAGUUUGAGGAGACACAGUGACGCAAAUAGGCAAAUAAUUUCCUUCUAAAUUUCACUAACAUUUUGACUGGCGUGUUUCAUGUGAUUUGAUAGAUCUGGUUUACAAAUAUGGACAAAGAAGUAAAUUCGUAUGGAAACAUUAAAUGUAAAUAUCAUUUGUAAAUGUGUGUCGAGAUCAGUGAGUUUGUAUUGGAUUUGUCUGGGUUUAAUAUAAGCAUUCUUUUCUGUAAUGUUCAUCACUUGUGACACAUUUGCUAUUUGCAUAUAUAAUGAUUUGAUUCGUUUUACUCUUGAUGGUUGUUAAAUGUAAAUGGGAUUUUAUAUUCAAAUGUUUCAAAUGUAAAGGUUUUUGUUAAGGGGGAGAAAAUGACAGGGCUCAAACUUCUUUAUAAAGAUAAGACCAUGCACAUGUUUUUGGUCAGUAUGUAAAAUAGAUUAACUCACAAAUUUUACCCCUCUUCUCCAUGUUUACUACCGUUCAUUUGUUAAUAGCCAUUUAUAUGAACAAAAAAUGUAGUAGGCCAACCGCUAAGAAUAGUAAGGCUCAUGUAGAUCUUCGUAAAUUUGUAGAAUAUUUGAGACCUAUUGCUUAUUCUUGUUGAAUUUUUUAAACCUUCCAUUUAUGGUAGUGUACUGGUAUUUAUGGUGUAGCAGUUAGGCACUUCACCAUGGCAUGUAAAAGAUUCGAGUUCGAUUCCCGCCUGAGGAGAAUUUUUAUAGAGUAACUUGGUCUUUCUGCUGAGACUUUGUUUCCUUCUCAUCCGGAGUUGGCCCUGACCAGCAGGGUCGAAGCUGACCUUCUAAACAGUCUAAAUUGUGUCGAUGGAGGGGGUGGGCAAACACUAAAAAUUCAGUUUAAAAAUUUGCUUAUGGGAAUGUGACCCCAAGAUUUUGUGGUCUGUAGAAUUCUUCUGGCCGAUGAGGUGUGAGCAUUACUCAUUUUAAUUAAAUGCUGCUGUCAUAUCGAUUUAAAAUUGCAAACUUUUCUUUAUUGUACUAUUUGCUCAUCAAGCAGAUGCUAAGUGUGAAAUAUUUCAUCCUUUGCAAUGUUCGUCUUGGAGAAACUUGGUAAUUCACUUUUAUUUGACUUUGGUACUGCUCAGCCUGGGUCUUAAUGAAGAUUUGGUUUGUUGUUCUUUCCACUGAAAAUAAUGUACUUUUUCAGAUGGCUGUGUUUGCUUAAAAAGUAGAGAGACCGUCAAUCAUCUGCAACUCCAGUAACCUGGCAUGAUCUCAGGAAUCGAUUGAGCUGCUUCUGUUGAAAGAAAACCCCACUUAUUCUCUUGACUUGAAACUUGAUGCUAAACGUUUUUGCUGCAGAGUGGGUUGCUUUUACUCUGCAUGUUUCCAUCUGGAGUGUCUGGAGGAUAUUUUAAAAUGAUAAGUUGAAAAAUGUUUGAAAAUUCAGCUUAAGUAUUCUUCUUGUACUGGGUUUUAUAACAAGUUAAAAGAAAAACUUGUAGCCUGUGUGCUCUGUACUUUUUCAAAUGCUAUUUGCAGGUUUGAAGCUACUUCAGUUGGGACAUUAAUGCCAUGCGCCCCCCCCCCUCCCCGUAUCCUAUUGGAAUGGUGCAACUGAGCUCUUGCAUUUUGACAGCUCUGCUAGAUGUACACCACCACAUGCAGAGGCAAGCAUUCGCUACCCAGGAGAUUAAAGGCAAUGGCACUCAGAUGUUUACUUGCUUGGGUUGAUGAAAAUUACUUUGCCGUGGCGCCUUGGUUUGGAUCAUAAUGACGGAUACUUGUGAAGGAUAGGUACCAUCUGUUGCCCGAGAAAUCUGAUUUACCUGGAUGUGUAUUUUCUUAAUGGGUUCACUGAAGUCAGAAAGUUGCUUUUAGAACAUUCUUAAUGAUCACAGUUGACCUUCAUUCCUGAUGGAGUAUGAUGAUUUUUAUAUGAAAGAAUUAAUAAUGCAAUUAUUUUGAUUGCCUGUGGUGUUCAUGAUUUUUGAAGAAAAUGUUUUGAAGAGCUGAACAGAAGAUUGUUAUGUGCAUUAUAACACUGGACAUAUGUCCCUUGUAGAACCUCAGGGUUUCUGGUGGCUUUGGUAAUAUGUGGAGGAAUUUAUCAGAUUCAGUGUCCAGUGUUAGAGCAGUAACUGCUUUUUUAUAUUAUGUGGAUGAUGUGUUUUAAAAAGAAUUCACCGACACCCCCCAACUCCGCUAUGAAUCUUUGUGCCGACUUUUGCCAUGAAAUGAGUAGAUAUAACAAAAGGUUUUCUUGAGGUCACAAUGGUACUGUGAGUAUCAUGUUAUAUGUAUUUCUUAUGUACAAGCCUAUACUGGCUACUUUGAUUCUGAAGUUUGGUUAAUGUCAUCAUUCAUGUGACCAUAAUAGUUUAUCCUUUGUCGGCAACGUUUCUUGUGAAAAAAUUAUUCCAUUAAUCGGCAUGAGUACUGAAUAAUUAUUUAAGGUUUAUAGUUUGAAUAGAUAUACCAAAUGUUCACGGUGUUGAUUUUUUUCUUCGAGAUAUUGCUGAGAUCAAAAAAGUAAAAAUAAAUGUUUUCGGAUUGAUUGUUUUAUCAGUCACAUUUUUUUUACCCUGCGAUUAGUUCCAGAUUUUGUCCCAUAUAAAACUACACAGAGUACUUAAGGGUCUUCUUAAGCUGAAUAUGUACUGUAAGGAAUUGGGCACAAGCAAAUUUUAUUGCGUGGGUAAUAGUGGUGCACUGGGAGCUAGUGUUGAAAAUAUGCUUCAAAGUUUUUUGUGUUCUAUGUCAUCCACAAGUCUCAGCUGAAGACAGCCUAAAGGCAUUGAUUUUUUUCUUAAGGGGAGGAACGACCCUUGAUUUUGCAGAUUUUGGGUCAGGCUAUUCACAUUGAGGUGUUGGCUGAUUAUUGAAGGUCAACCUGUUCUUUGUCUAAAACUAGCAAGGAAACUUUCUUCUUCUUUUUCCUCGUUCUCGAUAGCAAGGAAACAAUUGAGAAAGUCUUUAUUCUCCUCGUGAAUUGCCUUUGAAAACAUGAGGGUAGGUUAAUAUAGGGAAUUUUCACAAUAAUUGUCGUUUUUCCCCAAAAUGCCUUUUUUUGUGCAGUUUUUUCCCCUACUCCUUCCUUAGUUUUCAUCCUUUUGACAUGACACUUUCAGGAAACAUAGAUGGCAGGGCUGCCAUCAAUGCAACAGAGAGAUGUUAGC